GGGUGCUUGCUAGCAACCACUUUCAACAUUUCUGCAAAGCUAGAGAAGGGUUCCCAGUGCCGAUUCCGACACUGCGAAGAGGCCCUUGGCAGUGACACUGUGUGCUCAUUAUGGAGAGAGAAAAAAUGUUUAGAUCCACUUUGCAGGUUUAGACACAUGGAAAUGCAGCAAAACUGCAGUAUUUCAUGCUUCUGGGAAACUCAACCACUUGGUUGUGUGAAGAUCAGUUGUAUCUUUUACCACAGCAAACCUCGAAAUAUCAAUGGAUUAUUUUUGCCACCAAGUAGCACUAUCACACUACAGAAAGAAAGUCAGGAAGGAAAUCCAUCCUCAAUCCAGAGUCAGGAACCUCUGAAACCUCAGGAGAAUAUAUCACGACCCAUUCACCAUCCUUUGGUUUUAAAAACUAACUUCGAGGAAGAGGAAGAGGAAGAGGAACAAAAUGAUGCUUCUAGUUUAUGGACAAAGACUCCUGAGGAAAUUGAAGAAAAAAGAGCAAUAAAGGAGAUGUGUUAUAAAUCUGGUGAAUACUAUAGAUUUCAUACUCCUCCAGAUAUUCCAUCGCCAAAAAGCAUACCUUCCACAGCAGAAAAAGAGUUGGAAAAACCUUUGGAAAAUGGCAGUGAAUUGCAAGAAGGAGAUGGGCUUACAGUGCCAACAAAAUUUAGCCAUUUUGAAAGGCAAGGUGAGAUGAAAACACCAUCGGAUAGGAAACCAAGGACUGACAUUUCUGCUUUUGAAAAUGGAGGAGGUGACUGUUACGUUCCACAGAGGAUCAUAUUUCUUGGAGUGGAUGAAAAUGAAGCUUUAACUAAAGAGAAAGAAAUCACCAUGUCCAAAUGUUCAAAUACUAAAGAUAACAAGGACAGUCCUCAUUCAAAGCGUUCUCUAACUCCCCGACUAGUACCUACAACGCAUGUAUUAAAUGCUACUGAAAAUAUCAGUAUGAAGUGCAGAGAGGACCCCUCUUCAAUGAAUGACAUCCAGCCAGUGAGAAAGCCUCAUUUUAAAGGUGUAAAGAAAAGAAAAUGGAUUUAUGAUGAACCAAAAAACUUUCCUGACUCUGGAAUGUGGAGAGUGCAGGCCACAAAUCCCAAACAUAAAAUGAAUUACCAUCAUAAUAAUAAAAACCGAAAUGCUAAGAAUGCAUCCUUUAUCCAUGUUCAAAGAGAUGCUGUCAGGACUGUCCCAUUGAAUGCACCUCACCGCAGCAGGCCCACAAAUGGGUCCUACAAUAAAGCUGAUGUUAACAAGGAGCCCAAACUCAACCUUUGUGCAGAUAAACAUAUGUCAACAUCGUACAAUGGUUCAGCCUGGCGAAAAAGAAUUCCUUUUCCAAAAAUGUAUUCAAAAACUGAGAAGAUACAUCCAGAGCCUAGAAGAAAUGGGAGCAAGUAA